AUGCCGUCUGCCGCUUGCGGGGCGCUUUGGAAUGGCAAGGUUGUAUCGUGCAGCGCAUUACUACAAUGUGUCUCAUAUGCAAUACAGCUACCUGCAGUGCCACUUCCGGAGUUCGCUGUAAGCUUCACAAUUGUGGGGUGCGGCAUCUGCCCGCGAGGAGCGCAAGCGAACGCCCUUUUCAACGGCGGGCUUCCUAAGGAAACCACAACUGAACUCGGUCUACUGGACGGUGCAUACGGUCUCGGAGCGUUCGCUGCGCCGCUCGCGUCAACAUACUUCUCGUCCCAAGACCAUUGGUCGUACCACUACAUCAUCACCCUCGGACUUGCUGCUAUCAACUUCGUGGUCCUCAUGGCCGUCUUCCGGCUAGAAGGAUCCGGACGCGGUACUCCUGGCUCAGACGAGGAGCGCACUUUUUCCGUUCGUGACGGGCGUUCUCGCGAGCAAGUUUGGCAUCUCGAGUCUACAAGCCACUUGCCAUACCUAUGA